AUGCGUGGGCCCGAGCUAUGGGGUCUGGUGCUAUUCGCCCUUGACAAGAUCAAUAUCAGGGAGCAGAGUGCACAGCACGAGUGGGGACAAUCAUCUGAUCAGGGCCACUUCAUAAAACUCACCGGGGAGCUGACAUUUGGUGCGACCGAGCCCCCGAACAGGCUCCCAACGAACAUGUGGGAUCGCCAAAGAGAUGCCGGCCACCUUUCAGACGGACAGACACGGGUCUGGUGGAUGAUACAUGACAGCGACGUCCCAGGCCGUCACCGUGUGCGUUGGUUCGACGUUGUCUUCGUCAAGCAGAUUCACGCCGAAACCAUGGCCGAGAGGAUACGGUCCCACAACGAAUGGCGCGAGUUCGCUGGCGCGGUCGGACUCCCCGCGAUCUAG